AAUCAACACAACCCCACUUCAAUUCAAGCCUAUAAAUACUCCCCUCCACUCUCCCCAUUCUCUCCCAUCUCUUCUCUAUUCUUUUCCCACCCAAAUGGACCCUAAAGUUUUUCUCCUCAUUCCCCUUUACUUCACUACCAUCGCUUAUUCGGCCUAUAACGUAUUGGACUUCGGUGCAAAGGCCGAUGGACGGACGGAUUCCACUCGUGCAUUCCUAGAUGCAUGGGCGAAGGCCUGCGCUGACCAAAAACCGGCGUCGAUGGUGGUGCCCCGUGGGCCCUACUUAGUGGGUAGAGCACUAUUUCAAGGCCCGUGCAGGAAUAGCAAACUAAUGCUUUUCAUUAAGGGUACUCUUAUGGGCUACACGAGCUACUCGACAGCAUCCGAGUGGAUCACGUUUAAAUAUGUUAAUGGGCUCUCAAUUUUUGGCGGGACCUUUGAUGCUCGUGGACAAGCGCUCUGGGCCUGUAAAGCUGCAGGCCGAAACUGCCCCGGUGGAUCAACGGUAGGCCCCUCACCAUCAACCUCGUGGAUGCAGGCAUUGACGAUCAGCCAAUCGAAGAAUGUUGUGUUAAGCAAAUCAAAAGUGAAGAACAGCCAGAGUUUUCAAAUCGCGAUCAUAUUCAGCCAAGAUAUAAAAGUAGAAGGCAUAAAGAUUAGCGCACCAGGCAACAGCCCAAACACGGAUGGAAUCCACAUCCACAUGUCGAGAUUCAUCACCAUCACCAGCUCCUCCAUGGCGACCGGUGACGACUGCAUCUCCGUCGGCGAAGGGGUGUCCAACGCUUGGAUCCAGAACAUAACCUGCGGGCCGGGUCAUGGGAUAUCGAUCGGGAGUUUGGGAGAUGGCGGGGAGAAGACGAUGGUGCAGAAUGUGACGGUGAGGUCGGUGAAUUUCAGAGGAACGCAGAAUGGAUUUAGGGUUAAGACAUGGGCGACGCCUUCGAGCGGGUUCGUGAAGGAGAUUAGGUUUCAGCACGGGGUUAUGGAUCGCGUCGGGAAUCCUAUCUCUAUUGAUCAGAAUUACUGCCCUAAUCCUGGUAGCUGCCCUAAUGAGAGCUCUGGAAUUAAGAUUAGCAAGGUGACAUUUAGCGACGUGCAUGGUACUUCCUUGACACAAACAGCAAUAAAGCUUGAUUGCAGCAAGACCAACCCGUGCGAAGGGAUUCAACUAACCAACAUAGAUUUGAGCUACAAAAGGGAGAACAAACAAAAGGCCAAGUCAUUUUGUAGGAAUGUUAAGGGGAAGAACUCGGGCUUUGUUCGCCCGCCGAGUUGCCUUUGACGAGCGAAUACUGAUUCAGAGGACGUUAUUCUGACCUAAUUUUUCGGGUUUGAUUUGAGUUGAGUGCAGUAUUAGCAUGAUUGAUGAUAGAUGUAUCGUGUUUUUAUCUUUCAAAUUGAGUAAAUGACCCAAAAUUUUAA